UGUUCAUAACGUUUCUGUUGACUUAUCCGUACACUUCCCUCUCUUCCUACAGCGGCGGUGUUUUCUCCUGCCCGGAAGACAGUUUGCCGUUGGAUUACGCAAAGGUGUACCCAGAUCCAGACACCGAAGCAACAGUGAUGAGUUCUCUGGUUUACUGCAUACACUACAAGGAAGGCUGUAAGUGGACAGAUGAGCUAAGGAAGUUACAGGGCCACUUGAACACGUGCAAGUAUGACGCCGUUCCAUGUACCAAUCAGUGCGCCGCCAUGAUACCGAGAGUGCUGAUGGAGGACCACCUGUUCUACACUUGUCCCAAGCGAAGAACCAGGUGCGAAUUCUGCAACAAGGAAUUCACAGGAGAGAUGUUAGAAGGUCACGUGGGCAGCUGUCAGUAUGAACCCGUGUUUUGUGAGAACAAAUGCGGAUUUAAGAUUCACCGCAGGUUCGUCACCAAUCACCGGAUGAAUGAAUGUGCCAAAAGGCUCGUGGCCUGUCGAUACUGUCAGAAGGAAUUUGUCUACGACACAUUACAGAACCACACAGCCAAGUGUCCCAGAUAUCCUCUACCUUGUCCCAACCGCUGCGAACAAUCCAAGAUUCCAAGAGAGGACAUGGAAUCUCACCUCAAGGAAGAAUGCCCAUCUGUUUCACUCAAUUGUAUGUUUAGAGAUAUGGGUUGUAAGUUUAAGGGACCGCGCUUUGCUCUUGAGCAGCAUAUGGAAGAAAGUACCAAUUCGCACCUCAUUUUAACGAGUGAUUUGGUCUCAAGGCAACAACAUCAGAUUUCCACUCUUCAGAAUGCUCUUCAGAAUUUGACUCUCAACACUUCUGGAGUCUUGAUCUGGAAGAUUGCUGAUUAUGCUCAAAAAAUGGCUGAAGCGAAGUCAAAAGAGGGGUAUGAGCUAUGCAGUGCUCCGUUUAACACUAGCCAGUACGGUUAUAAACUGAUGGCAACACUUUUCCUAAAUGGCAAUGGAGCUGGAGAAGGCAGCCAUAUGUCUGUGUAUAUCAGGAUUUUGCCUGGAGAGUACGAUUCUCUUCUCACCUGGCCUUUUUCCCACACUGUUUCUUUUACUCUAUACGACCAGGUUGUAUCUCAAGAGAAACCUUGCAAUAUUGUUGAAAGCUUUGUUCCAGACCCUUCUUGGAAGAACUUUCAGCGUCCUAGCAAAGAACCAGAUAGCUUAGGGUUUGGAUUUCCGAGAUUUGUGUCGCAUGAAAACCUAAAGAAACAGAGUUAUAUAAAAGAUGAUACCAUCUUUAUCAAGGUUCAAGUUGACUCAAGUAAAAUCGUCACAGUGUGAAUGUUCAACCAGAUAUGAGUGUCAUACUAUGUUUGUGUGAAGACUGACACAGUAUCAAAUAUAUCUGGUAAAUAACUUGAGUUAUCCAAACAUUUAAUAGUAUGAAUGCAGUAGAAACAUGAUCAAACAUUGUUGUUUCUAAUUAGUGUGUUAGACUGCAAAUUCAUUGUUAUGAAACUGUUGUAAAUAAAAAAUAAUACAGGUUUAUUUGGCACAAUAGUAUAUUUUGCGCAAGGAAAUGUAUAUUGAUUUCUUUUUAAAUUUUGCACAUAUUUUAAAGAGGCUUUUUUCUUAUCGUAAAGUCUAAACGUCGAUCAGUAACGAGAAUGUUAUGUCAGAACACACAAAACGUCACGUAUUUUUGAGUGUGCUAGUCAAAUAAUUGAUUUUAGUACCACAUUAUAUUAGAAACUUAUGAAUAAACACGUUGCUUUAUAUCGUGAGUUGCAUAUCAAAACAUCGAAAUAAAACAUUUACAUACGUAAAAUAAUAGGAUACUAUUUGAGUGUACUAGUCAAAAGACGAAUUUAGUGCCAGAUCAUAUUAGAAGCUUCAAAAUAGACUGCGUUAGUUGAAAUAUUUUAUCUGCAAUAAAAUACGUUUAGGCUUUUUGUAAGUUUUAAUAAUAUCGUAACUUGAUAUAAUGUCAGUCAUUAUAGCUUUAGGUUUAUUGAACUUUUAAGAUGAGAAGAUAGCAAAACCUAAAACAAACAAGUAUAUACAUCAAAAUAUUUGAAUUAUAAUUGUUAUAAAUUGUCUUUUCGUUUUUACUUCAAAAUUGCCUCUUUUUGAGUCAAUUAGCUUUACGUUUCGCGAUUUUAAUAAACAAUCGCCGUUGUGUAUAGUCAUUGUUUUUUUUUUAUUGAAGUCUUAAAAUAAUAAGAUUUGAAAAUCCGAAAUGCCAAGACUUGUGGAAUCGUUCAUUACUGGUAAAUAUUGUUCGUUAUAUACAAGGUAAUUAGUAAUAAAAACAUAGAAAUAAAUAAUGGCCUAACCUACACCUAUUGUAUACUCCAAUUAACUUUUAAGAAAAACAACCGAGCAUUAUACUAAAUAUAAACGCCCUCUGCAUUCUGCUGUUAGUAUUUAUUUCUAGGCUACAUUAUUAGAAACUUGAAUUAAAGAUUAUUAAUGUUACAACAUCCGAAGAGGGGGGGGGGGACAAUGACAUAAUAUUUUCUGUGUUCUUUCUUCAAUAUACAACAGAAUAUUUUUGCACAAAAACAACACUCGGGGUUCAUCAAAAUGUUUCAACGAAAAAGCUAAACAUUUAAAGUGUCCGAUACUUUUUAAAUACCAAAUAAACAUUUGGAAUAAACAGAAUUGGUUGCAAAGCCAUGCAAUAUUGGCAGUUAUCAUUUCCUAGAAUUUCUAAUGUGCUGCUGGUCAGUAGUUGUCAGUAGAUGGUGUACGUUAUUCAAGUUGUGUGUGUGUGUGAAAAUAAUACGCAUGUUGUUGAAUUGUAUAUGUAUUUUAUGAUAAUAAAAGAUUGGAGU